AUGCGAGAUUCUGAGACCAAGUCAUACGUUGUGGGCUUUGAGAUCGGAAAGCCGCUCACCAAUACCCAAAUUGCCAAAGUUAUAAAGUCGAAUAACUCGCAGUUCAACGAAGGCGAUACCGUCAUCGGCUUUUUGCCAUUUCAGGAAUAUAUUGCCCUGAGCGGGGAUGAGCUUUCUGGUAUUAGACUCCUCCAGAACCCGCUCGGCAUCGAAGAUAUUCGCCAUUUCCUCGGCGCCCUGGGUAUGCCUGGACUCACAGCGUAUUCCUCGCUCUACGAAAUUGGCAAGCCACAAAAGGGAGAGACAAUCUUCGUGUCGGCAGCCAGUGGCGCAGUAGGCCAGAUCGUUGGACAGCUGGCCAAGCACGAAGGCUUGACGGUUAUCGGCAGCGUUGGCUCCGACGAAAAACUAGAAUUUAUCACCAAGGACCUUGGCUACGAUGCCGGCUUCAACUAUAAAACGGAGAAGCCUUCAGACGCACUCAACCGCCUCGCCCCAGAGGGCAUAGAUAUUUACUACGAAAACGUCGGCGGCGAACACCUCCAAGCCGCUCUCGAUUCCAUGAAGGAUCAUGGUCGUAUUGUCGUGUGCGGCUUGAUUGCCGGAUACAAUCUACCUCGCGAAGAACAUUUCCCUCUGCGAAACUACAGCUACAUCUUGACCAAGAGACUGACGAUGCGAGGCUUUGUGGUUGGCGAUAAGGGCAUGGGCGAUAAAUACCGACAAGAGCAUCAAGAGCGCGUUUCGCAAUGGAUCAAAGAUGGAACGUUCAAGGCGUCUACGUGGGAGUGUGAGGGUAUUGAAAACGGUAUUGAUGGGAUUCUUGCUCUGUUUCAUGGAUACAACUUUGGCAAGGCGCCCCUCAACUAUUUAGGGAACUCGACAGAUCUACCACGUGCAAAAAUAGGCAAGGUGAUGAUGGUAUAUGGCAAUAAAUCUAAUGCAAUCUACGAGAGAGCAAUAAGUACGCACGAGGAACAUUCUCGCCGACUUGGCUAUCCUCUUUUUGUUUUAAGGAUCCCGAUUUUGCAGAGUUAUUGGAACAAAUACGCCAUUCUGCUAUCGGUGUUGCUGCAAGAGCUGGCAAAGCCGGUCGACCAGCGAUUGGAGUGGCUAUAUUGGUGUGACUCUGACACGGUGGUCAUGAACCCCAACAUGCCGUUGGAAACCUUCCUUCCCCCGUCGGAUAUGUCGAACAUUCACUUGUUACUCACAAAUGACUGGAACGGGAUCAACAACGGGGUUUUCCCUAUUCGUGUACAUCCGUGGUCUGUCGAACUGGUAUCGGCUGCCCUUGCCUACCCAGCGACGAACCCAGAAAAAGACCUCUUCUGGAAUGACCAGUCGGCCCUUAGUAAUACCUUAAAGGAGGCGAGUUACUUUUCCCAGUCUGUCAUGUACUGUCCACUCCGGUGGUUUAACGCAUACAUGAGAUCACCGAAUGGAGAGGGGCUCAAUCCAGAUUCGCCUGAACACUACCAGGUGCAUCCGGGUGAUCUCCUCGUUCAUUUUCCAGGCACGCCCCAUGACGUGCUCGAGGAAAGAUUGGAGCCAUACCUUGCCAUAGCGGAAGCGCAUAGACAGGAGUGGGAGUUGUCUUUGGAAGACACUGGGUACAUGGAAGAGACAGUGGGAUUCUGGAAAAGAAACCGGCGUGCUGACGAUCACCCUUAUUCGACUUCGACCUCAUCCGUGCAGUCGACCCUUUCAGCGACCCUGCAACACGUCAAACCUCCCCGUCGCUUCACUGGAUUGACGCUUCGCUGCCUUUCUGGAGGUGUCUGCCGUGCUGAUUACUGCUAUUCGAUCAUUUUUCUUUGCGACAUACCCGCAACCAUGGCCUCCUUCAUCCGCCCCUCUGGAGCAAUGCUCGGCCAAAUGACGAGACUCUCGGCGCCUCAAUCCAAGACGACUCCAUUCGCCAUGGCUCUUGUCCGCCAGACUCAGAUGAAGAAUGCGCCCUCGUCACAGAUCACCUCUUUCCACAGCUCGGCCAAGAGGGACAUUCUCAACCCUCUGCCACAGGUUAUUCAGGGAACAAUGAACGACCCCGCGCCUAUCCCCCACAGCUCCCCCAGCCAUGGCAGCUACCAUUGGACUUUUGAGCGAUUGAUCGCCGCCAGUCUUGUCCCUUUGACCAUUGCUCCCUUUGCCGCUGGAACCCUGAACCCUGUCAUGGACUCUAUCCUCGCCACCUCGCUCGUUCUUCACUCUCACAUUGGAUUCCAGGCCCUCAUUGUCGAUUAUCUCCCCGAAAAGCGUGUGCCCAAGACCCGUGCUUUCUUUGUGUGGGGACUGCGUGCUGCCACUUUGACCGUCGCUGUGGGCCUAUACGAAUUCGAGACAAACGACGUUGGUAUCACCGAGGCUCUGAAGAGAAUCUGGACGGCAUAG